AUAGUGACUGUACCUCCAGAUUGGAUAUCAGUAUUAUUGACCUGACAUCAAAAAUCCAGUAUGUUGAAACUUAUCCUGUUGAGUGUAUGUGUCGCAAUGGCAUGCGCUUUCUAUGACAAAGGUUAUAAUGGAUAUGGACCAGGAUUUGGGGGUCACGGAGGUUACAGUAAAAUCAUUUACGAUGGAUAUGACGGAUACGGCAAAGGAUAUGGAUACGGGGGAGUGAUAAAUGAUGGAUACGGAAAAGGAUAUGGUGGUCACGGCGGAUAUGGUGGUUACGGAAAACAAUAUGGCGGUUAUGGUGGAUACGGAUAUGGAGGAUAUGGUGGUCAUGGUGGAUACGGAAAAGGAUAUGGAGGAUAUGGACACGGUGGAUACGAUGGGGGAUAUGGAUAUGGAAACAGCAUCGGAUAUGGAAAUGGAUUUGUGUCAGGAAAAGGGAAAAUAGGUGGUGGCUACUGAGACCUGAGAUUUCAGUCUAGAGUUGCUUUCUGGCAGAAAAAAACAACAAUAAGAAUCUCAAAUACUCUUUUAACAAUAAACGAAUCCACAAAGUU